AUGUCUGUUCUGUCUUGCGUCCGCGGCUGGCAAGCCAUCGGGUGUCUUUUACUAACCGCGGUAUUUGCCAGUGCGGCUGCUCGGGCCGUGGCCGACAACUGGCCGACCUACAACCACGAUGCGUCUCGCACGGCGGUUAGCGAAGAGCAACUUUCCCCCUCGCUGGUUGAAGGGUGGGCAUUCCGUUCGCACUAUCCUCCCCGCCCGGCCUGGGACGAGCCGGCCACGUGGGACGGAUACAACAAGGUGUUCCGGCUGAAGAAUCGCCAAACCUUCGACAAGGCGUUUCAUGUGGCCGCGGUCGACGACGCGGUGUUCUUCGCCUCUUCGUCCGACGACAAGGUGUACUGUCUGAAUGCGGCCGACGGUUCGCUGAAGUGGCAGUUCUACACCGAAGGCCCGGUGCGUUUGGCUCCCACGGUGGAUGACGGCCGCGUGUAUGUCGGUAGCGACGACGGAUAUGUGUAUUGUCUCGAUGCUGACACCGGCAACCUGGUUUGGAAGCAACUGCUGGGGCCGCGCGAUCGCCGUGUUCCGGGCAACGGGCGGAUGUCCUCGCUGUGGGCCGUGCGCACCGGCGUGGUGGUGUUCGACGGCGUGGCGUAUUGCUGCGGUGGGGUGUUUCCUUCCGAACGGGUGUAUGUGUGUGCCCUGGAUGCGGCCAACGGUGAGUUCCUGUGGAAGACACCCUUGGACGAUUACCCGGCGCAAGGGUAUUUGCUGGCCUCGCCUUCUCGGGUGUAUGUGACGACGGGGCGUGAUCGCCCCUUGGUGUUCGACCGAGCGACCGGCGAGCGUUUGUUUCAGGUUUCCGGUGGUGUUGGUGGAACGUAUGCCCUGAUCUCCGGCGAUACGUUUCUCUAUGGCCCCAGCAAGACGGGGCAGAUGUCGGCUUUCACCGAGGGUGAGCGGGACAACAUUGCCAGCUUCGACGGCAACCACAUGAUCAUUACGCCGCAGAUGUCUUACUUGCAUACCGACACCGAACUGACGGCGUUGGACCGAAGGCGUUAUAUCGAACUCAGCAAGCGUGAGGCCGAACUCGAUGCACAAAAGAAAGAGUUGGCCAAGGAGUUGAAGGAGGCCACCGGCGCCGAGGCGAAACGGCUAAGCGAGGCGUUGAAGCAGAAUCGUGCAGACGACAAGGCGUGCCGUCGCGAGAAGGACGAAUGCUUUCCGUGGAGUGUGGACUGCGAUUGCCCGUUAUCGCUGGUGCUGGCCGGCAAGACGCUCUACGCCGGAGGGUCGGACAAGGUUACGGCCUACGACACCGAAAACGGGGAAGCGAUUUGGCAGGGUGAAGUUACUGGGAAUGCGUACGGGCUGGCCGUUGCUGGGGGGCGGCUUUAUGUAAGCACCGACCUGGGCACGAUUCAUUGCUUUGUAGCGGAUGACAGCGCCGGCAAAGCGGGGAAAGAGAUUCCUGAUCCGACGUUUGUCUCGCUGGGGAGUUUCAAGAACCCUUCGGCCGUGCCCGUGCCGGGGAUUGUGGGACCAUUUAUUGAGGCGAGCCCCGGCAAUCGUCUGCGGGUUAGUUGGCGAACCGAUGAAGCGAUAACCUCGGUUGUGGAGUUUGGCGAGGACGAUGAUGAGCUUACGCGGGUGAGCGACGAGGCGCCGACGCGGGAGCAUGCCCUUGAGAUCCCGCGCCCGCAGGUGCCGGAGAACUAUCACCUUCGCGUGGGUGGCGAGAAAGAUGGUGGCGAGAACUUCACUCCGCUGAUGCUGAUCGACGGCGUGUUGAACUACACGCGGAGUGACGAUCCCGAGUUGGCUUCGCCUUAUGCCGACGAUGAACAGACGGCCCGGGCUCGGGCGCUGGCUCAAGCGGUGGUGGCCGAACUGGAUAGCCCCUUAGGUUUUGCGGUGGUGCUUGGUGGCACCGAUGGCCGGCUGGCGUAUGAGCUGGCCCGCAAUAGCGAACUGGAUGUGAUUCUGGUCGAGCCCGAUGCCGCACGGGUGGCUGAGCUUCGGAAGAACCUCGAUCAAACCGGGUUGUAUGGAACCCGGGUUUCGGUUCAUCAGGGCUCUUUGGAUGAACUGCCGUAUGGUCCUUACUUUGCGAAUGUUGUUUUGAGCGAAGGGUUGCUGAUGGAUGGUCAGCCGGGCGGGGGCCUGGAUGAGGUGGCCCGGGUGUUGCGACCUUCGGGCGGACUGUUUGUGUAUGGUUCGACCGACGAAGGGCUAUCUGGCUGGCUUGAGUCUGCUGGCGAGGAGUUCUCGGCAGGGACCUUAGUGGCUGACGCCGAAACGUGGCACAUGGUGCGGCGGGGGCGACUGCCGGGGGCGGGCGAGUGGACGCAUCAGUAUGCGUUGCCCGACAACGCUUCUUGCAGCCAAGACGAUUUGGUACGCGGCCCGCUAUCGGUGAUGUGGUGGGGACGGCCGGGUUCGCGAGCGAUGCCUGACCGGGGACCGCGGAAUCCUGCCCCGGUUACGGCGGCGGGGCGGCUGUUCGUGCAGGGUAAUCACACGUUGUUUGGGAUCGAUGCGUAUAACGGUACGAUUCGCUGGUUCCAGCAGAUCCCCACGAUGCGGAGGGCGAAUAUUCCCCGCGAUGGCUCGAACAUGGUGGCCACCGACGACUAUUUAUAUGUGGUGAUCGGCGAUCACUGCGUGGGGUUUGAUGGGGCCACUGGCGAGCGGGAGCUGUUCUUCGCGGUUGAUAAGUCUGGGGCUCCCCAGCAGGAGUGGGGUUACCUGGCCUGUGUUGGCGAGCGGUUGGUGGGCACGGCCACCAAACCGGGUGCGGCUUACCUGGGUGAUCGGGGUGAGUGGUACGAGGACUUCCGCGAUACGCAAAUCGCCCGGGUUACGAGCCACCGGUUGUUUGUUCGCGAUCGUCAUAGCGGGGAGCCGGUGUGGGAAUACACGCGGGGGGCGAUCAUCAACUCCACGAUCACGAUUGCCGACGAUGUGAUUUACUUUGUGGAAAGCCGUGCCCCGAAGGCGCAUGAGGCCGAGUCGGGGCGGCUGUUUGAAGACGUAUUGGAAGAUCAGUACCUGGUCGCGCUCGAUCUGGCGACCGGCGAACAGGUGUGGGAGAAGCCGUACGACUUCUCGCGGUGUCAGUUCAUGACCUACAUGUGCUCGGCGGCCGACACACUGGUGGUGGCGGGAACCGACGAGCAGAAGCAGUUCCAUAUCUAUGCGUUCGAUACGGAGACCGGUGAGGAGCUGUGGCAGCAUCACGCCCCCACGAAGAAGACGCAUCACAGCGGGCACUUGUCUCACCCGGCGAUUGUGGGACUGCAGUUGUUCAUCAACAAACACACGUACGACCUGCGGACCGGCGACGUGUUGGACGUGACCGACUUCAACUGGCACGGUUGCGGCGUCACGUCCGCUUCGCUGCAUACGAUGUUCCGCCGUUACGAGUUCCACGGGAUGCAGGACCUGGAGACGGGCGAACGGACCGAGAUGCAGGGAGUGCGGACCGGUUGCUGGUUGAGCAUGAUCCCGGCUGGCGGGGUGUUGCUUGCUCCGGAGACCAGUGCCGGGUGUUCGUGCGGUCAUGCGUUGCAAGCCUCGGUGGCGUAUGUGCCGACGCGGAGUGAAACGAAGAAAGACGCGGUUUGCCGAAGCGUUUGGGCCUUAGCGGUGGGGCCUCUUGCGGCUUUGCCGCACCGGUUCAAGAACCGGUGCCACCCAAUAUCAGACUUUGCCACCUACAGUAAAUGGACGUUUGAAAGAGCUAUGAGUGCGAAGAAGAAAACGGCAGCGAAGGUGACGAUUUAUCACAACCCUCGCUGCACGAAGAGUCGGCAGACGUUGGCGUUGUUGAAGGAGCAUGGGGUUGAGCCGACGGUGGUGGAGUAUCUGAAGAUUCCGCCGGAUGCGGCGACGUUGAAGCGGCUGCUGAAGAAGCUGGGGCUCGCGCCGCAGGAGUUGAUUCGGCGGAAGGAGUAUCGAGCGCUGGGACUGGAUGAUACGGACGAUGCCGAGACGCUGAUCGCCCGCAUGGCGGAGCACCCGGAGAUUAUCGAGCGCGGUGUUGGAGAUUUUGGAUUGAGUUGGCGUCGCCGCUGGAUUGUGAAGCUGUUGGUGCUGGUUGCCGCGGGGUUGCCGGCUGCGGCGAGUUGGGCCGACGAGGGGCUACGCGCCAAGGUGUUGGGGCGGUUCCCGGCGUCCGAGGCGCAUCAGGGGGUGGCGGUCGACGCCCAGCAUGUCUACGCCAUUGGGAGUCGCUCGAUCGGCAAGUACGACAAGCAGUCGGGCCGGAAACUUGCGGCGUGGGAGUCGGACGACGAGCAACCGCUGGAACAUCUCAACUCGGGCUUCGUGCUCGAGGGGAAGUUGUACUGUGCCCAUUCGAAUUACCCUCAUCAGCCGGCAACCAGUUCGGUUGAGAUUUGGGACACCGCCACGCUCGAGCACGUGGGCAACCACAGCUUCGGCAUCUACGAAGGGUCCUGCACCUGGGCCGUGUUCCGUGAAGGGGCAUGGUGGGUGGCGUUCGCCCAUUACAACGACAAGUCGAACCCCGCGGAUACGAACAACCGCAAGACCUCGCUGGUGAAGUUCGACCGCAAGUGGCGCCGCCUGGCCGGCUGGGUUUUCCCCGAUGAACUGAUGGCCCGGCUAAGUCCGUACAGUACCUCCGGCGGCGUUUGGUCGCCCAAGGGGCAGCUCUACAUCACCGGCCACGACGCCCCCACGCUGUUCGUGCUGCAAGUGCCGCAGGCGGGCUCGACGCUGGUACCGGUUGCCGAGAUUCACGGUUCCACGCCGGGGCAAGGUAUUGCGUGGGAUUAUGACGAGGGCCACGUGGUGUACGGCAUUAACCGCAAGCAGCAUGCGGUGGUGAAGAUGCGGGUGCCGGAGCUUUCUGAACAAGGCGCCGGCGCAAGGUAG